AUGGAUGCUGGAAUAAUGAAAGAUGAUAAUCACGUGGAUCUGGCUCGAAUUGCAGAAAAUUUUUCUGGCCUAAAAUCUUCUUACGCAAGUGGUUGGGAAUAUCCAUCCUCGGGUGCGAAUAUCCACGUGAACAUGGCAGCGCUGCGCAGAGCCUUCAGCCCCGUUGUCAGCUACUGCUACAUCGGGGGAUCGCAGGCAUCCAUGAGGCGAGUCGUCCCUGCUUUAUUGCUUCGGUACUACUUGUUCCUGGCUGCCUUUUUGCCUCGCAGUCCAAAGCCAACUGUAUCCCUCGAUGCCGAUAACAAAAACAGGAAACGUGACAAUGCUGGACGAGGCAUUUUGACUCUGCUUUUAUAA